AGUUGACGGGAUGACGUAAGCCAAUAUUCGUUACGCUUUUAACGCAGGCGAGUAGUAAUGUUAGUUGGGUUAUAUUAUUGAAUACCGGUUGUUGUGUCUUAUGUUAUGGCUUCAGAGUAUGACCUUGGCCAUCCAGAUGAACAAGAAGGUCAAAUACAGCAAGAUUGUGGACUUCCAAGAAGCAACCUACUGUGACAAUGAGACAAUGAUGCCAUUGUUAUCCUCAAAAAGAGCUAGUGAACUGCCUGUGAAUGAAGUAGCAAGUAUUUACCAGGCUGACCUUCAGAAUGGACUUAAUAACACUGAGGUUUCUCAUCGACGUGCAUUCCACGGCUGGAACGAGUUUGAUAUUAGUGAAGAUGAACCAUUGUGGAAAAAGUACAUUUCUCAGUUCAAAAAUCCUCUUAUAUUACUACUUUUGGCAUCCGCUGUCAUUAGUGUUAUAAUGCGCCAGUUUGAUGAUGCUGUCAGCAUUACAGUGGCCAUACUCAUUGUUGUUACAGUUGCUUUUGUUCAGGAAUAUCGUUCUGAAAAGUCUCUUGAAGAACUGAGUAAACUGGUACCACCAGAAUGUCAUUGUAUACGAGAAGGAAAGAUGGAGCACUUGCUUGCAAGAGAACUGGUUCCAGGUGAUACAGUAUGUUUAACAGUUGGAGACAGAGUUCCUGCGGACCUGCGCCUAUUUGAGAAUGUAGAUCUUUCAGUUGAUGAAUCUAGCCUUACAGGAGAGACAGAACCAUGCUCCAAAUGUGUAGUACCUCAGCCUGCAGCGGGCAAUGGAGACCUCACAUCCAGAAGCAACAUUGCUUUCAUGGGUACACUAGUUAGAUGUGGCAAAGGAAAGGGAAUAGUUAUUGGAACAGGGGAAAACUCGGAAUUUGGAGAAGUUUUCAAAAUGAUGCAAGCAGAAGAUGCUCCUAAAACACCUCUGCAAAAAAGCAUGGACAUUCUAGGGAAGCAGCUUUCGUUGUAUUCCUUUGGUAUCAUUGGUGUCAUCAUGCUGGUUGGGUGGCUACAGGGGAAACAUAUACUCGACAUGUUUACUAUCGGUGUAAGCUUGGCUGUUGCUGCUAUUCCAGAAGGAUUACCGAUUGUUGUCACUGUAACAUUAGCUCUUGGUGUAAUGAGAAUGGUGAAGAAAAGAGCGAUCGUGAAGAAACUGCCAAUUGUAGAAACGCUAGGUUGCUGCAAUGUUAUUUGUUCUGACAAAACAGGAACACUUACAAAGAAUGAAAUGACGGUUACUCAUAUAUUUACAUCUGAUGGCUUGCAUGCUGAGGUUACUGGUGUGGGCUACAAUAGAUUUGGAGACGUAAUGCUAGAUGGAGAGGUAAUCCAUGGUUUCUCCAACCCAUCUAUAAGUAAGGUUGUAGAGGCUGGCUGUGUGUGCAAUGAUGCAAUUAUCAGGAAUGAUACUUUGAUGGGGCAGCCUACAGAGGGAGCCUUGGUUGCUCUUGCAAUGAAGAUGGGUUUGGAUGGGCUCAGGGAUGAUUACAUCAGAAGGUUUGAACAUCCUUUCACCUCAGAAGAAAAAUGGAUGGCUGUCAAGUGUGUACAUCGCACUCAGCAGUGCUUGCACUAGCAUCUGGACCAGAUCUUGGACAACUAACGUUCUUAGGUUUAAUGGGAAUGAUUGACCCUCCAAGGACUGGUGUAAGAGAAGCUGUCGCUACACUAAUUACUUCUGGAGUAGCAGUCAAAAUGAUUACUGGAGAUUCACAAGAGACUGCAAUUGCUAUAGCUAGUCGCCUGGGUCUUUAUUCCAAAGGCUGUCAGUCAUUAUCAGGAGAAGAAAUUGAUCAGAUGGAUGUUCAGCAGCUGUCUCAACUAGUUUCUAAGGUAGCAGUGUUUUACAGAGCAAGCCCUAGACAUAAAUUGAACAUUAUUAAGUCAUUACAGAAAAAUGGUGGAGUUGUGGCAAUGACAGGAGAUGGUGUGAAUGAUGCUGUGGCUUUGAAAGCAGCAGACAUCGGUAUUGCUAUGGGCCGGACAGGCACUGAUGUUUGCAAGGAAGCUGCCGAUAUGAUCCUGGUAGAAGAUGAUUUCCAAACUAUAAUGUCUGCUAUUGAAGAAGGCAAAGGAAUCUACAACAACAUUAAGAAUUUUGUCAGAUUUCAGCUCAGCACGAGCAUUGCUGCUUUGACUUUAAUCUCACUAGCUACAUUAAUGAAUUUUCCUAAUCCACUUAAUGCCAUGCAGAUUUUAUGGAUAAACAUUAUAAUGGAUGGGCCUCCAGCUCAGAGCUUGGGAGUUGAACCUGUUGACAAAGAUGUCAUUAGGCAGCCACCUCGAAACGUGAAGGACAGCAUUCUGACCAGAAGUCUCAUAGUUAAAAUCCUAGUUUCUUCCAUUAUUAUAGUUUGUGGCACUCUCUUCGUGUUUUGGAGGGAGCUUCAAGAUAACGUCAUCACACCCCGUGACACAACAAUGACAUUCACCUGCUUUGUGUUUUUUGAUAUGUUCAAUGCCCUGAGUUCAAGGUCCCUGACUAAAUCUGUUUCUGAGAUUGGUUUGUGCAGUAACAGAAUGUUCUGUUAUGCUGUGCUUGGAUCUAUCAUGGGGCAGCUCCUCGUUAUUUAUUUUCCUCCACUGCAGAAAGUUUUCCAGACAGAAAGUCUUGGUGCUCUUGAUCUUUUAUUUCUGGUGGUUCUUACUUCUUCUGUAUGCAUUGUCUCUGAGACCAUAAAGAAACUAGAAAAGGUGAGAGAACGAUUCCAGAAGCAUGGUGGCUCUCUUUUCCAGUUCAAGAAGCUCAAUGGCUCACCUUUCCAUGAAGUAUGAUGCAUAUUGCAUUGAAUUCUUAUUGAACUUGGAAUUGCCUUCUGGGAAUGCUAUUGCCGAGGGUAUCAAAGCAGCCUUUACGUCAUUAGUCCUAUUUAUGAAAUUAAUAUGAACAUGUUUUUCUCACGUAAGACCGCUUUUCAUGUGCACCACUGAGAAGCACUAGUGGAAUUACAUGUGAUGUUGAGGUGAUGUUAUUUCUUUAACGGAGUUGUUGACAUCUCAAAACCAAAUCUGUUUUCAAAGACCUGAAAGAAGUUUAAUGAAAUGCAAAUUUUAAACCAGAACAAAUGUCAUUUUUUUAUUGUUGCUUUAUUUUAUUAUUUAAGUGUAUAAUCUAUUUUGGUUUUACACUGAUCGGUGGAGGUUGGAUUCGGUUUGUUUUACUUAUAUGGCAUUCCAUUUGCGCUGUCUGAGGUCAGGCAGGUGCCAUGUUGCUGCUACUCUGUUACUUUACUGUUUAAGUUAAUAUCUGAAAUGACAAGAGCAGUACAUUGUGCUAUAAUACAGUUAUUUUGUAUAAACCUAGAAGGAAGUGACCACUAUUAAAUCAUGUUUUAUUGUGAUUGAAAGGACUGUUUUUAUGACAUGAAAUGUUUCUUAAAUAUUUAUUAAAGCACUGUUUUCAUUUGCCUAAGAAGGAUGGGAGCAUCAGCAUAAUAUGACUAUGUGCUGCACGAUAGUCGCCAACCUCAUUUGGUUGCAUUUUUAAUAAUAUUUUUGGAGAGUUACAGUUUUACAUCUGUUAUUGGAGCCAUAACUGCAGUCUGGUAGAAAUAGCUUGGAACAGUGUCUCACAAAGCCUUUGUUUCCUGUAUGAUCUUUGGUUGUAGUUCAGUGAUCACUAAUUCACACACACUGCUUAAAAAUACAUUUUUAAAGUCAUGCAUCUGUUUGCUGAUUUUUAGUUGCAUUUUAAUCAUGUGUACCACUUGUUGGUGGAAGGUAUGUAAUGUUAUCUGCAAGCUGUAACCUUAAAUUUUUUUCUGCUCGCUAGAUGUAGACUCUAGAGCUCAUUGAUGGAUGCACUUUCUUCAUUCAGAAUCCCACUGCUGGGCAAACAAUUCUGACGACAAACAGUCAAAGGAUAUAGUAGCUGCUGGCUUCCAGUUUUAAGUUUGCAUUUUAAGACUUGCUGUUGAGGUUCUAUUGAGAUGCAGAGGUGUACUUUGAAAUACAGGUUGUGCUACAUUGCUUUAUCUUGUGAAGGAACAAAUGUGCAAUAUUGUGUUGCCUAGUAUAAAUUUGGUAACUGACCACACAGUGAAGCCAGCUACAGCUGAGCACAGAACCAUUUGUUACAGAAUAAAGGUAGAAUCCCGACCAGUAUAGAAGAAAUUUGUUCAAAAAGUAUUAAGCACAUAUGCUCUGUGCUUUAAGGUAGUACUUGUGCAAGUCAAACCACGCAAUGUAUGAAUCACAUAAGCAAGUCAUAGUGGCAUGUGCAAGUUGUCACCUCCUACAUUUUCUAAAAUGACUGGUUUUGAUAAGUGUUGCAGUGCUAGCAACUUAAGCAGGGUAGGCUACACUUCCCUAUCCCUGGCAGCAGUUCCCAGCUUGUCCUUUGGGCACCCCCAGUAGUACCUGGGGAAGCUAAGAGCUACAUUUCCAACAGUGUCCUGGGUCUUCCCUGAGCCCUCCUUCCAGUUGGCUGUGCCUGGUACAACAACUGUGGCAUCCUCACAAGGUAACCAAACCACCUCAGCUGACUAUUCUCAGUAAGGAGGAGCAAAAUGCAAGUCAGCAAACAAUUUCAGCUGCACUGGAUUGUGUUUUAAUUCAGCAAACAUAUUUUCCAGGAACUCCUCUUUUUCAUACAUUACCUGCCUGUCUGUGCAUCAGUCAUUAUGACAGUGAUGGAACCGAAAUUUCACAGGUUUUCAAUUAUAUAUUCACUGCUCACAGUGAUAAAAACUGAAUAUUUGAUAUGAACCUGCUGUGUGACAGUCUCAGUCAACAUGUCUACUGUUUGUAUGCAUUACCAGCAGGUGAUGCAUUGUUCAUAUUUAGAUUAACUGUACUUUCUUGCUUGGCCUGGACCUGCGGUUGAAAUUUCUAAGUCAUCAUUGAGAGGAACUUCUUAUUGAAGGGAACUGGGUAGCUGCCCUUGAUUCUUUCCUGCUGUUCUUAAGAACAUAAAUUCCAGUUAGAUUUUUUUUUCUUGUGUCCAUGAUUUGCAAGUUUGUUUUAGGUCUUUAGGGGGUCUCAGUCAGCAGGGAACUCUUUCUCCUGAAUGGAUCCCUUUAGAAUCUGGGAGAACAUUUUGACAAAAGUAUUCACCGCAGUGACCUUCCAGUUUUCCGGGUACAUAACUUUUUCUUAUACCAAAGGACUGCCAUCGAGUAGGCAGGGCAGACUGUUGAGAUUUUGUGCAUCACUUUUUCAUUGUGGAAUUUUUCCCAUGUUGUCCAGUUGAUAGAACUCCAAAUUAGCCUGGUAUAUACAUUCACAACUUGGAAGUCCCUUCUUCCCAAGGAUUUCCCUUGUCUAUCUUUGCAUCUGUUUGUCAUGUCAUAGUCUUACAUCAGUACAAGCAAGGUGAAAUUCCAUUUAUUCUAAUUGGCAUAAUGCUGUUCUGGUGUUUUGGUCCAUUAGAAAGUUUUUCUUCUGUUCAGGAUUACUGAAUUGGCUUAGUCAUCUACAGUGUACUCAGAGCACUGUAAUAUUCACCUCAGUCCGUAACUGCAGUACUGUGCAGAUAUUGUAACUGCAUGUUUGACCUGUGGUAUGGUCACUCUCCAUUAAUGGCAUUCUGGGUUCCAGUCUGUAGCUUAUUGAUUGUUAGCAAGAAAUGUCAAAUAAAAUUCAGGCCUUUUGUAUGGCCUGUGCUUAGGCUAUACAGAGAAAUAUCACUCAGCCCAUGAGCUCUUAUCUGUAGUUGGCAGCUACUGGGUCUUAAAGAUAUUUUUCUCUUCAUGAAUUAUCUGCUGUUGCUAGCCGUUCGCUCUGUCUUUCUUUCUGUAGUGGCCUUUCAUACUACAUCCAGCAGUGUGACUUAGUGAUUGGUGAAGGGGUGAAAUUUUUCCAGUUUAAUGGAGUACUAAAGUUGCGUAUGUUAGGUUUUGUAAGUAUGGGAAGAGGCUCUCUGUCCUUGGCUUCUUUCUUUAGCCAGGUGCCUCUCUCUCAGUAGAGCUACUACUGCUGCUUUGUCAUAAGAUGUCUGUACUCGUAUCAUUGCUGGCUGUGCAGCAUGGAUCUAAGUUUCCAGGAUUUUGCUUCAUUUGCAUUUGGAUCCUUGCCAGGUCAGAGAAUCUGAAAUUUGACUGGACCAUGAUGUGCUCUACCACUUGUGUUUUACUUUAUUUAAGGAUGUGAACAGUAUAUACUUUUCCAUAGGUGAAAAAUGAGACCUAUUUGUACCUGACUUGAAUUGGCAUAUUCCUUAGGUUCUGACUAUGCAGACCUUCUACAAGAUCCAGUUAAAACAUUUUUCUUGUGCUUCUCCUCAUUUAGGUUGUCCAUGACACUCUUUAUAGCUGCUUUUGACAAUGAUGUUCCAUAUGGAUGUUCCAUUCCUGUCCAAGGAGGCCCAUUUUUCCUAAUUUGUGUUGGGUUCUUUAUCAUGUUACACACAUGCCUUUGAUGCCACUUAACAGGUGAUAGCUGUGUUUUACAUUACGUGCCUGCAUUCAUGUUCGAGUGAUGUUAAUGCAUUGCAGCAUCAGAAUGUGCAGCACUCCUAUCCCUGUUUCUUUUUCAGUUUCAGAGGCUGUCAUUUAAAUAUUCUGAUCCUUCCAUUCCCUUUUAGGAAGAUUUGUGUAGGCGUGUACUUCAACCAUUUUCAAGAAUGUUUUCACAGAAUUCCAUUCCUCUAGAUGAAGAAAUCCUUUGAGUUCCAGGCUUUACACCAACUUCCAUUAAGACGGACUCCUUGUCAAGAUCAUCUUGAGAAUUACUCAUGCAAUUCUUUCAGUUGAUAGAAUUAAUACUGGGCACAUGUGACCAACUCAUUUGGAUGCUUUUGACCAGCUAAUAUAUUUCUUCCUGGAAUUGUGGAUAAAACUGAGCAUUCUAACUGUCUUUCCUCCCUGUUUAGGCAGUUUAAGCUUUCAUCUCAAGUAUGUUUCUUUUUGAAUGGGAACAGAAUAGACGACUGCUGUGUCCCAAUGCUUCCAGCUGAUUUCAUGGUGUUGCAGAACUUUUUUCAUCUCUUAAAAAGAAAUGCACAUUUAUCUAACAGGCAGCACGGUUGUGAUGUUCCUCGUCAAAAACAAUGAUCCAUCUGCCCCACCUGCUGCAUCAAGAAGUCAUAUAAAUAUGGGAACUGGUAAUAUUACACAAUUUCUUCUAGUUUUUCAAAACUCUAGCAAACUCUUUGAGUCCUUGCUGUGUCAGGUGCUUCCAAGUAAGAGAUCCUUGACUCAAUCCUAGAGAAAGUCUCCAAGGGAUUAGACUAGCUAAAUUAAGCCUUUGUGAUCAAACCCAAAAAUAUUAAAUUGCCAAAAUUUCUGCUCUCUAAUUACAAGUCCAUUUGUACUUAUUCACUACAUAUUUUGCUCCUUUCGUAGAGAUGGUGUGUUGUCUACGGAUGCUCCCUGUUUUGUUUUCCCUUAUUUAGAGUUCCUGUCACACUAGACAGGCAAAGUAGGCAAAGGUUAUUCGGUUAUGUCUCAUUUUGACUUAAACAAAUUUGAUUCCCCUACUCUGUCAGUUCUUCAGAGAUGAACAUUGGCUUCUUCCAUCCCCUACUCACUCAGUAGCUUUUAGCAGCCUUACUUGAGGAUCUCUUUUGGAGAAAAAAAAAGGCUUGUGAAAUACAGUUCUUCUGUAACUACCCAGAAUCUGCAUGAUUGCUUAUACUUACGGGUAAAAAAACACCCUGGGCUAUUGAUCCCACUGUGAAAUAAUUUAUUAGCCUUUUUGCAUGUGCUACUUGGGCACCUAGACUGGGGAGCCUUCAGUGCCAUAAAGAUAAAUCAUUCUUACAGGCCAUCCCCAAAUGGGCAUUUCUUUUUUUUUAUCAGGCAGCCCAAGGAAGGUUUUUGCAUUUUGUCUCCCUGAUAUAGGUCAGAAAUCCCAGCAUUUGGUCAGCUGUUCCUUUUCUGUAUAAAAUAAAAAUGGAGGCACUGUGAUAAUCUGAUCCAAUUGCCAGAAUAAGAUGUGCAAAAGGGUAGCAAGUCCCUUUGUACAGUUGAGGGUGUCUGUAAUUCUUUGCCCACCUCUAAGUCUACCUAAGAUGUUCAAGAAGAACAAAAGCUGGCAAGUGACAAAUCACCUUGCUCACAACCUUUCUAUCUUUUGAAGUCUACCAAGAGGGCUUUAACCUAGACGGCCCUUCAGCAAUCCUAUCUACUUCUGGCCACACUAGUAACGAAGCAUGGGUUUGCACCAGCAAGGCAAGCCAUCCUCUAGGACAGGUGAAUAUUGGAUGCUAUAAAAAGUUACCAAAUUUUGGAAUAUCUCUGGCUUCUAUUGUCACAACCCCUGUGGAAUGUCAGUUGGUGUCAGAGGAGCAAUUUGUGUGGCCUUUAUUAUUCUUUACCAAGUCAGUGCAAAGAGACUUUUGGGGGAAGAUUGUUCGACAAUGGUCUUUGUCUCCUCUGAGUUGCAGCUGCAUACUGGAACUGAGUGAUUACAGCCCUUACAUCAAGUUAUGUGAACAUUCGCAUAGCUACUGUUCAGGCCUUGAUGCUGCCUAUGAGAAGGCUUCAGGAUGGUAUGAAUGGACUUAAUAAAUGUAUGUUGGCACCCAGGUAUUUGGAAGCUGCUCAGUAAUUCCUUUGCUUUGCUCUGCUUUGCUGUGGAAGUAUAGCAUUUUUACUGCAAGCUGCUUCCAGUUAGGCUUUUCCUGUGUUUCCAGUGUUUUUCCAAGGGUGAUGCCUGUUUUAGGGAAGAUAUUUCAGCACUGCAACUUAUUUAUGUUCCCCUUCUUCGAUACCUGGAUGCUGUUGCCCUCCCACAAACUAAGGAUUCCUGGUGAUGUCUUGGCUGCAGUCACAAACAUCAGUAUCACAAAUGAAAUCUACCCAGUUCCUGGUUCAGUGCAUUUAUUUUAUAGGGCAGUCUGGACCAUCUAGAACUGAGCCUUUCUCAAGGAUCUGGUACCCUCAGUGCCAUCAUACUGUUGGCCUUCCCCAUGAAGUUAGUAGCAGUGGUGUUUUAGAGCCUUCAGCCUUUAGUUUGACUCUCUGAUGACCUGACUGUUCUGUGAUGAAACAAAACUGAGGAAAUUUAGAACACCUUUUCUGUGGGCAUUCCAUCGUUUGCAGUGUGUGCGAGGGGCUUCGUAGUAGGACAACACAGUGGUGCAGUGGUUGGUUUUGCUUCACAGCUAAUUCAGUCUUGAACUGUUAUUGUCAGUGGCAUUUGUAUUUUUUGAGCUGUCUGCUUUUUGUUUUGUUUUUCUUCUGUAUUUAAUGUUGAAUUCUCUCCACAGGCUAGUAUUAUAGUGGUUAAACUGGGUACCCUAAAUACUGUGUGUGCUGCUGACAAGGUAGUGCCCUUUAUGAGCUACACUCCAUUCUUGUACACACAAGGCAUGCCUCCAUGUUCCCUGUGAUCUCUCAGUGUGCAGGAUGUUUGAGAGGCUUGUUAUGUCUGUGGGAUAAGAUAGGGAAUGUAACUCUGCUUUUGCCUCUUCUUUCAGUAUAUGAGGUACUUUCCUUUCCUUACUUUGUAUAAGAUGGGUCAAUAAACAGUGUUUUGAAAGAAGAAAUUUCCUUUACUUUUUUAACAGAAAAAAGGAGACAUUGGAUCAACAGCAAGUCUUUAUCAUUGGUGAGGUUCUCCUCUAAGAUGUAGGACUUUUCUCUGUAGUCAGCUGUAGUGUUGAUCCCUCUUCUUUUAGGUGGUGCUUGCUAAAGUAACAGGAAUGUGGGAUGUUCUUAAAAAUAGACAGAUUUUGUGGUAUCUGAGGUUUUCAUUUGUUACUACAAUGCGAGGAUUUCCUAUUUCUUGGUAUUGUCAAGCGCCCACCUUCUGUGGAGUGGAGUUCACAUGCAUUUCCUGGGACAUUUUUCCAGUUUCUGGUUUUAAUGUUUUUGGUAUUGUACUUUGUGCUAACAACAUAUAGAUUCUAAGCUCUUUCCCGUUUGAGUGUGAUUGAUGAAUGCAAACAUAGUUUUACUCUGACACCCAAGUCCUUUCUCCUUAUUUUUGCCCUGUACACUUUGAUCUGAUAAGACAUGGUCUGUUUGCAGUAACUCCAGGCAUUGACUUCUCAGCACCUUGUAUUUUUUCAUGCUGCUUAGAUCCUACAUGACUGUCAUCUGUCCAGUUCUUUUUUUUUUGUCACAGAAGUUUGAGUAUAGAAUCUGUCAUCAAGUUUUGACUGGAGUGUUCCAUUCAGUGCCAUAUUUAGAUUGUGUUGCCCUCUUAAGGUGACCGUGUAUUUUCCUUCUUGUAGUCUAUAGUUGUGCUAUAUAUAUAUAUAUAUAUAUAUUUUUUUUUUUUGCCAUUUCCCUCCCUACUUCUCUCUUUCAGUGUACAGGCCCCAAGGCCAUUUAACCCAUAGUGACAGCACAGUGAAUUCAUUGUUCAUGGAAUGCCUCUGUGGGCAGGACACUGUUCCCAAUGAUGAGUGAAAGGGGCAGUACAACAGACUGUCCAUUGUGUAGUGGUUUCAACCACUCUCCAUGUAAGAGAUGCCAGGGCAAACUGUCCACUUUCCUAAACCAAAAGUCACUAUCCUGUAGAUGUCCCAUGUGUAGUGGUUUCAACCACUCUCCAUGUAAGAGAUGCUAGGGCAAACUGUCCACUUUCCUAAUCCAAAAGACACACUGUCCUGUAGACUACAAGAGCAGGAAUACAAAGCAUCUAUUUCCAAAUAAGAAACCACUACAACAGUCUCUUAAACCCUUAAUAAAGAAGUCUUAACAAUCCAUUUCCAUUUCUAAAUGGGAAUCUGCAUUUAAAAACUGCUGCAGUCAAGCUUAUUAAAAAGCUGUUUCCACCCUUUACAUUGUCAAACAAGGGAAAUAAGAAUGACAGAUGUUCCCAUCUUGGCAUAGAAAGAAAUGAAACACAGAACUUCCUUGCGAAAACCAUCUCCCCGGUAAUAGAUGAUCCAGCCUGUUGUGAAGAAACUUCAUUUCAGGCAAUGGCACAGUCAGAAGUAGAUUAUUAAAAGGUAACUUUGCCAAUGUAGGAGGUAAGAGAAAGAAGAUGCUGACAACUCAGUCUUCCAUUCAUGGAACAAAGGAAUUGCUGUAGAGCUUUGCUGUGCCUCCAGGUUUUGCCUUCUCUCCUUUCCAGUCAUUACUACAUUCACCAACAGAUUGCCUCUUGUGGUGAUUUGUUACUAGACCAGAAAUCACCAUCCUUGGUGACUAUUCAGCAGUUGGUGGAGCCCUUUCUCCAGCAGAUUGUGCUAGUGCUACAGAGCCUCUAUUCUAGGUGUUGUCAGUGUCAACAACAGUGCAUUUCAUAGUGCUGUACUUCCAAGGCCUGUUUCUGUCACCAUCUUUCUUGCUUCCAGCAUCAACUGUCAACCCCUUAUCAUCAGAUUUGACUCCUGUUAGUUAUCCCAGUGUCCCUUCCACUGGUACUUGCAAAGUAUUAUGUUUUGCAUUUGGUCACAUCAGACCUGGCUCUGACAGAUGUAAGUUAUACACAUUACAUGCCAGUGCAUUCCAUUCCAAUGUUUAUAGAACAAACCCUGUUAGUACAUAAAGGUCAUUAAGUAUUUUUUAUCAUCUAAGUGGGAAAUCUUCCCAAAAGACUCAAUCAUACUUGUGUAAAGUAAAACAUGUAGACUCUAAUGUAGAGUCUCCUAUCACUGACCUGGAAAAGAAGCUGGGCUUGACUCCCACCUUGUCACCUCCUAUUAAACAUAAAUUUUAUUGAGUUCCUCCACCUGAUACAAGAAAAAGGGGGUUGGCCACAGACCCUGUCCCAUCAUUCCAUAGAAGUCUGCAUGAAUCUGCUGCAGAUGUAUGCUCCUGGCUUCCAUGUUGGUCCCAUCAUUAAUGUCUUAAAACAUACCACCAAGCUGUCUUGGAUAAACCCUGACUCAGUACCCACAGUGUCCUGAAAGGCAGAGAGAAUUUUCACUUAUGCCAGGCCUGACUCUAUCACAUUAGCAGCUGACCUGAAAAAGGCACCCACUCCUCAAAACCCUGCCCAUCCAUUCACUGGGUAAGGAGUUUAAGAUGAUGGGCAGAGGAAGUGAGUUUUCUUGGCCUUUGGGUUGUCCAUGAGAACACUGAACUACUUAUAUUUUCAGAGGGAGGAGAUGACUGAAGAACUGCUGUGUGUGUUAGAGGAGUUGCCAAAUGGGUCACAAAAACGGAUGCUAAAAGUCUAGAUGUGUUUAUCUUCCAACUUAACAAAUCACAUGGUCCAUGCCCUUUACAGCAUAGCUGAGUUUCACCUUAGUAAGUAUUGCCAAGUGCAACCAUGCUUGGCUGUGCUGAUGGGUUUUGCAGAAGACACUGAGCUGCCUUUCUUAAAUUCCUGCUUCAUGUGGCUUUUCCUACUCAGAAAUGAAGGCAGGAGAUAAUUUGAACAUGGAAAAGAAGGACCAAACUGUCACAGCUGUGGGGAUUAAGUUUUAGCCUCCAUGCAAGUCUUUUUCGAAGAUUCUGGAACCUGUACCAAAUUUGGUUGUGAGUCAAGCUGCAGCAGAAUCAGCAAGAAGUUGCAGGAAGGAACUGUAAAUGGAGCCCCUUGGUUAAUAGUAAUAACAAAAAGUUGGGGUUUGAGGCUGCUCUGUAUCAAGUCAGCAUUAUUCUAAAGGGUACUUUUGACUGAUUCCCUCUGGGGCAUUCUGAAGAUGAUUGUCCCUGCACUACAAAUAAUGAUUUUAAAAUCACUCAGAACAAGCAAGUUGGUGACACAAUAUCCAGAGGUUGCAGAUCCCCAUUUAUAACCAUCUCUUUACAAUUCAAGAUCACACCUGAUGGUCCCACCCCUUCAGUGGAAAAAAAUAGGGCAGGAGGUAGCCAACCUUCUAAGGAAAAGAGCCAUCUAAGAGAUAUGUCCAAACCACAGAGGUUAAAGUUAAUACUCAAGUUUCUUUUGGUUCCACCUUCUCCCCACCCUGACCUCCAGAAUACCCACCUCCACAUAAAAAUGGCCAUGGAGUUGAAGAGGUAUCUACGUUUCUGGGUGGGAGCCAAUUAUCACCAUUUUGAAAUCCAGCCCUUCAGUCAUGCUAUGGACCACACUGUGUUUGCCAAGUCCAUUACAGUAGUACCAGACCACCGGAGGUUGCUAGGGAACACGAUUUUCCUUUAUCUAGAUGACUGGCUUCUUGCUGCUCCUUCUUUAGGUCUACCAAACCUCCAUAAGUAGUCUCUGAUCAGGCAGUUCGGUCUUCUGGAUAUCUUAGUUAACAUCAUCAGAUAGUAUUUUACUUCCUUAGGAGCACUCUGUACAUGAAGUUCUGCAAAGCCUUUAUGUCGGAAGGAAAAAAUCAAGACCCUCAAGGCUUCCUUGGACUACUUUUUCCCAUUUCAGAGUGGAAUACUAGUCAAUGUUUUCAGGCUCCUAGAAUAUAUGGCAGCAGUUAUCAACAUGGUGCCACAUGCAUGUUUAUAUUUGAGAAUUGUACAGUGGUCACUUCAUUUACAGUGGUGAAAGCAUGUGCAGUUAAUGUCACAGAAACUUUUCAUUGUAGACUUGUGAAUGGAACUGCUAGAAUGGUUGCUCCACACCCCCAGUUUUGCUGUAAGCAAGCUGUUCUAAACUCUCCUACCCUCUAAUUCGCUCGCCAUGGAUGUGUCCAGUUUGGGGUGGACUUGGUCCUAUCAGAAAUCUCAGCUAUACAUGAACAUUCUAGGCCUUCAUGCAGUACUUCUCGCUGUACUUGACCCUCAGCAAUUCACAUAGAUAUGUUGGUGGUCCAGUACAUCACCAAGCAAGGGGGCAGCCACUCUGUUCCCCCUUGGAGAAAGGCAGUGAAUUUGUGAGACUGGACCCAUAGUGCAUGACCUGAUUCUGGUAGCAGCCCAUGUGUCCAGGAAGUUCAGGCUCAUUCCUUUUAAAGUUUAAUCUCAUACUCUCAGGCAAGCCUCACCUAGAUGUCCGUGCCCUCACAUUGUCAGCAUGGCAUUUCCAGUUUUGAAUAUGGCCUGUAACCCCAAUUUAUUUCUAAAGUCAAAGCUAUCAUGACACUCGGUCAAGAAAAUGCACGGGGAAAAGUGGAAUGGGUUGGUCCACUAGGCAGCCAAAGAAGGUAUAGAACCACAAUCAGCAGCUCUAAAACAAUCUUUUAAGAUAUUUGACGGAUCUCUUCAAGCAUAAUCUUAGUCCUUUAAGAUGCAUUUUAUCCCCCCUCCAUCUCAAAUUUCGAAGACCAGCACUUAACCUUCACUUGCUGGCACUAGGGUCUGCAAGACAUUGCUAAAAGAUAACUUUUUAAUAAGGCUACCAGUCAGAGAUGCCAUGCCAUAUUGAACCUAUGCUUCAUUUUAAAGAGGCUGACAAAACCUGCCUUCAAGUCAAACUGCAGACUAGACUUCAGAGAUCUGUCAUGGAACGCACCCUUCUGGCUAACGAUGUUGUAACAUAAUGGACUGUCAGUGAUUAAAGUCCUAUCAGUAAACUGUCUUUCCAUUACUUUCCACAAGUGCAGAAUGGUGCUUAGGAUGAACACCUACUUCAUACCCAAAUUAGAGAGAGAAACUAACCUCAACCAGUCUGUCAACUUCAUUGUCUUUUUUUUUUCUCAACCACCUCAAUAAAGAGGGAGAAACUCCUCCACUGGAUGCAUUUCGAAAAAACUGUAACAUUCUCUCUCAGUAGAAUCAUGGAGAUUAGAAAGACCAACCAUCUCUUUGUUUACUUUGCAACAUAAAAAAGGCUUUUAGGCAUCUAAAAUCACCCUCUCCUAGGAAUACUGGAUUGAUAAAAUUUUGCUUUGUCAGAGGAGGUCACAACCUUUAAGAAUCCUAAAAGGCCCAUUCAGCAAAAUGCUUCAGUAUAUGACAUUUCACAGCAGCAGCAUGGUUUGUCUUUGGAACACAUUUAUCAAAUGCUACAAAAUGGACAUUUCUUCCAAGACACAAUCCUCCUCUGGGGCUAUACUAUUCAAAACUAUAUUUGCCUAGCUGGGCCUACUUGGGUGUGCAGUUGGGGAUUCUGUCCUAUGUGUAAUCAAAGGUGAACCACUUCUUACCAGUUAAAAAAGCACGUGUCACAAUACUAGAUCUGGAGGAUGUGUGUCCAUCUUCUGUGAAAUAACCCACCCAACAUGCCUCAGAACAUCAGUCACGCUCUUGCUCACCUCCCCGGCUUCUAGCAGCAAGCAGAUUGCUAGCACUUUUUGCUGCUGUAUUCCUUUUUUCAUGGCUUUUUGUAUAUGCUGUCCCCAUAGGUUACCCUAACAGGUGCACCAAGAAGAAUUAGAGUUGGAAACUGAGCAGCAUCUUAGAAACUGGGAGAGGAAGAACACAGCAUGAAGUAAUUUCAGUUGUUGGGUGGUCCUAAUUGCACACAGUAUAUUGUCCACUAAAGAUUAUGGAACUUUCAUUUCUAUGUGAUGUUUUUUUUGUUUGUUAUUGUUUUUUCUACAUUUUUUGCUGUUAUACAAAAAUAAGUAGUUAGGCUGAAGAAAAUUCUGAAAGACUUAACUUUGAUCAGAAGUAUUUUUUGUUGUUUUCCCCGACUACUGUGUUUGCAUGAAUCAGAUGCUCCUGCCUCAGACUUUUCUGUUUAUAAUUCAGAACUUUGUUCUGUCCAGUCAUCUGACUUUCUGCACAUAUCUAAUUAUUUUCCAUGUAAAUCUGUUGAAAUUAUAAUUAUGUACCUGAUAUACAAGGUUUUGUGGAUGUCUGGAGGCCAGGUUGCAGUAUCUAAGUGCAUGAUUCCACAAAACUACUAGUCCAGUCCAGGGUGGUGGAGAUGCACAGCAGAAAUGGGGAAAGUUAAGGUUCAGCUUGUUUUGUAAUGUAAGUUAACCAGUGCUGUACUUGAAAUAAUCACUAGUGCUAGCCACCUAGUGGUGUAAACAUGGUCUCUCUGUGAUUCGAUCACUUGUGAUCUGACACCCAAACCCUGUGUUCAAAAUGGAAAAGAGGGAGUUAAUGCCACUGUGGCGAGGAGGAGUGGCACCUCUGUGACAGUAGUGAUAUGGUUGUAGUAGUCAGAGUAACAUACCAGGGCUCGAGAGAUCGUAGAGCAUGUACAGUGGGAGAAUAGAAGAACAGACCUGUGUAGCAGGCCUCUUAAGUGGAGGGAAUGAUCACUUAUUGCCAAUAUGUAGAGGGAGGUUGAUACAGGUCUCCAAGUGUAAGAGUUACUGACUGGAUAGGUGAUAUACAAGAAGGAAACACCUAAUGUUGAAAAGUCUGGUGGGUAAUCAGAGAGUGGGUGCACUCUUGGCUGUAUGCAAGGAAUCCAGGGGCAGUGAUCAGUCAAAAGGAUGAGUUGGUGGCAGGAAACUCAAACUGCUGACAGGAGGUGGGAAAGAGGUUGGUUGUGGGCUCUAUGUCACUGGUGGGAUGCUUGGGGGUGGGGGUGAUGGUGGUGGGGCUUCAGUGACUCCCAGGCUGAAAAGUAUGUAAGGUCAGUGUUAGGGAGGCUGGACAAGAGUAUUACGUGCGUGCAGAAGAAGAUGCAGAUGACUGCAAGGUGGGGCUUGUCACCAACUGGCGUCUUUGAGUUUGUUGGGAGAGUUUCAGAUGGUGUUAGGUUGGGGAGGUGAUCUCCUUCAGUAACUGUCUGCGCAUUAAGUUUUUUUAGCAUUGUGCCCAUGCCUACACAGAACAAUAGUCUGGUCUUUAAAUGAGAUACACAUGUACAAGCCCACAUAUAGUUGGGCAUUUUGCAUAUACUUAAUGUCAGGGUAUGUGUGUUUAAGCCUGGUAGGUGGGUGUUUAUGAAUCUAGAAUCUUGUCCUACAUUUUGGCAAGCCUAGGCAUGCUUGCAGCAAGCGUAAGGAGUUUGUAAAUCCCUACCUGGAUUUUUUUUUCCUUUAGUCUGUUUUUUACCACAAAUAAAUAUUUAUCUACCCCUUUACAUUGAACAUCCCUUCAUCGAAUAUUAAAAUUACUGAACGGUUUGUGUAGGGAAGGGAGUUAGUUGGCCAUAAUUAGAAAUUUCCCUUUUCACCACUGUGGUGCGAUCUCGUAGUUGGUAUAUAUAAGUAGGGGGGUGUAUCCCCCUACCUUGGUGGGUUUGAAAUGAUGUAGUGUGUGAGAUAAUCACUGUAAUGGACAAGUAAUCCCCUUCCCUAUAAAAACUGUUCGCUGAUUUUAAUAUUGGAUGAAGGGAUGUUCAAUGUAAAGGGGUCAAUGAAUGGGUGUUAGUGGAAAUGAAUGUUCAAUGAAGUAAUGUAGACUCCUGUGUUUAAAAAAGGCUUGAGCCUAAAUUGUGAUACAUCAAUAGUUAAAACUCUGCAUCAGCUUACACUUUGCAUUUUACAUAGUGAACUGCAAUUAUAUUUAAGUGAUAUUGAGUUAACAUGGUUUCCAAGUAUAUAUCACAUUUAUUUAAACACUUCUUAUACUUUAAUGUAUUUUGAUGAGUCUAGAGAAAAGUUUCAUGUUCUGUAGUUAUGAAAAGUGAUUACAGCUUCAGAAUUACUACCACUUAGCUUGUGUGUUCCAGUUCUAAAUGCAGUCAAUUUCAUUUCUGCACUGUGAUGCUUACCAACUGUCAUUUUUUGCAGAACAGUGUCUCAGUUUGUUCAGUCUCAAUAAAAAGAUUUUAUAACAGUUUUGAAUAUUAGGUCUUUUCCUAGCAGAUCCUCAUAGAUAGCACUUAUUUAAUGUUGUGCCACAUUUCUGAAGCAUUUAGUGUUUUAUGUCAUCAUAUCUUGUAACAGUGAUUCACAACACAUUUUCAUUCUGUAUGGAGCAGUAAACAGUGUUUAUUAAAUUUUUUUGAUAUAAACUUUUAA